AUGAGGAAGCUCGUCGCGUGCUUGGCCUUCGCGAGUCACUUGGGUGUGCCAGCGACCUUCCACCAACCGCACCGCAAUUUCGUCGCCGACGAGCAGCAGAUUCGCAGGCUCCUAGGGUGUGAGACUCAGUCAGCUGGUACGGAUUCGCUUGCUUGCGGUCAUGCAUAUGCAGCAGCAGACGGCUUUUGGGACCACCAAGGCGUGGCCUUCGCGAAAGUGAACCUCACGCUACAGAUCGACCCUGAUGCGCAAGUGUCGGAUCCGCUGCUGAAGCUCAGCAGCCUGAUGCAUAAGGUCGCUUGGGGCGACCAGAUCUCCAUUAAGCGGUUGGGAAGUGAGGAGGCCGCCGCGGCCGCCAGGCAGUUCGACGCCACAGAGGAUGGCGACGUGCUACUUCUCGCGGGCGACCCUUCCGACAGUAACGCCGCUGAAGCACAUGCCGGAGUGCCGUGCGACGACAGCAACAUUGUCGCCAAGGCGCUCAGAAAGGCACGUAAACCAGGAGAGCGCUACGUGGUGCUGAUGCGGAAACGGGUACCGCCUGGAUCAGGUCUAGGAGGCGGUUCUGCGGAUGCCGGCUUUGUGUUACGGGCGCUGCGCACGACAAUAAGCCCGAGCGACACCCUGGCGCUGGGGUCGGACGUUGGGUUCAUGGCUCACGAUGCGGACGCCGCUGUAGUAACGGGGAGGGGGGAAGAUAUCGCUCCCGUAGACCGCCUGGGCCAUGACGGCCACAUCUACAUCUUGGUGCCAGACGAACACGUUAGUACAGCGGAGGUUUUUAGGAGAGCGCGAGAGCUGCUGCCAACAGGCUCGAUGUACACUCGCCUCAUGAGUUACGACGACAUUGCGGAGUCCGUGGCGAACUUCCGUGGCUUCCGCCCAUUCAACGUGCUCGAGCGCUGCGUUCAAAAUAACGGCGUGAAGGUCCUCCUGGACACACUGAGAGGCGCCCUUCCUUCCAGCAGGGUCUGCAUGUCGGGCAGUGGCAGCGCCUGCUACGUGCUCGACGCCGCCGAUGACGAUGUGAGGAGCGUUCGUGAGCGCUACGGCCGGAACCUGCUGAUCGUCAAGACCAGGCUAAAGCGCCCCCAUGACAACGAUGCCGAUUUCAGCUAUCUAUAG